UCUGCUGGCACCUAUAUCCAUUCUUUUCUUUAUAUCAAAAACUCAUUCUUUCUUCAUUCUAUCCGGCCAGAUCCACCUCCCUCCGCCGCCAGUCACUCUCCGGCGCCGCCACAACUUCCUCCCACAUUCUUUACCCAUAACUCGUAAGGUUCAGAUCUACAAGUUCGGAUGCUUUCGAGCACCAACCAGCAAGGAAUCGAGCCCUUUUUAAAAAGAUUCAGCUUCUAGGAGAGGUUGAAGUUUGCUCCAGUAUUUGGAGUUUGGAUUGAGAACGUUGUAUUAGAAAAUACGAGGUGCGAUCGAGUGAAGUAUGAGUUCAUCUAUGAAGGGAAACAACAGGAUGUCCAUUGCAAUGGAAAGAACGGGGCAAUGGAUUUUCUCUCAAGACAUUCCAACUGAUGUUGUGGUUGCGGUCGGCGAAGCACAUUUUCCACUUCACAAGUUCAUGUUGGUAGCGAAGAGCAACUACAUAAGGAAAUUGAUAAUGGAAUCGACUGAGGCAGAUCUAACAAGGAUCGAUCUAACGGACAUCCCCGGCGGGGCUGAAACUUUUGAGAAGGCAGCCAAGUUUUGUUACGGAGUCAACUUUGAGAUCACAGUACACAACGUAGCAGCGCUCCGAUGUGCUGCAGAGUACUUGCAAAUGACGGAUAAAUACUGCGACAACAAUCUCGUGGGUCGGACCGAAGAUUUCCUCUCACAAGUGGCUCUCUCCAGCCUUUCUGGAGCCAUUGUUGUUCUUAAAUCUUCCCACCAUCUCCUUCCCAUGGCUGAAGACCUUUACAUCGUCCAUAGAUGUGUGGAUGUUAUCAGUUCCAAGGCUUGCAACGAGGCGAACUUCCCAAGUCGAUCACCACCAAAUUGGUGGACAGAGGAACUAACCAUAAUCGACAUCGAAUUCUUCACCAAAAUCAUCACCGCAAUGAAAUCUCGUGGAGCCAAAACCGCCACUCUCUCCGCCGCUCUAAUCACCUACACAGAGAGAUCUCUCCGCGAUCUAGUCCGUGACCACUCCGGCACCGCCCUCAGAUCAUCAUCUCUUCCGGCCCCCAGUUAUUCCGACGAUUCCGACAACACCACCAGAGUCAAACAACGCCACCUCCUAGAAUCAAUAGUUUCUCUCUUACCUUCCGACAAAGCCGCUUUCCCAAUUCACUUCCUCUGCUGCCUUCUCCGAUCAGCGAUUUACCUGAAAACCACCACCGCCUGCAAGAACGAACUGGAGAAGCGGAUUUCGAUGGUGCUGGAACAUUUAACGGUGGAUGAUCUGCUGAUGUUGUCGUUCACGUACGACGGGGAGAGGCUGGUGGAAUUGGAAAGUAUAAGGAGGAUAAUAUUGGGAUUUGUGGAAAGGGAGAAGAGUGUGGCGGUGUUUAAUGCCGGAGAUUUUAAGGAGAUUUGCUCUGUUUCGAUGCAGAGAGUGGCGAAGACGGUGGAUGCGUAUUUGGGGGAAAUUGCUACUUAUAAUGAACUAAGUAUAUCCAAAUUUAAUGGGAUUGCCAAUAUCAUACCCAAAUUUGCUCGCAAGGUUGAUGAUGAUCUUUAUAGAGCUAUUGAUAUAUAUCUCAAGGCACACCCAAAUCUUGAUGAGAUUGAACGGGAGAAGGUAUGUAGUGUGAUGGACCCAUUGAAGCUAUCAUAUGAAGCACGAGUACAUGCGUCACAGAACAAGCGGUUACCAGUGCAAAUCGUUCUUCAUGCACUCUAUUAUGAUCAGCUGAAACUAAGAAGUGGCACGCCAGAGGAUCGGAACAUCCAAGAUGCUGCCAUGACAAGGACUCAAGCUCAAGCAGACGUGUCAUUAGUGAAAGAGAAUGAGGCAUUAAGGUCUGAAUUAAUGAAGAUGAAGCUCUACAUAUCUGAUAUGCAGAAGAGUUCCCAAGGAACAUCUUCCAUGAAAGCACCGACCUCUAGAACCAAGGCUACCUUCUUCUCCUCUGUCUCCAAAACACUCGGGAAAUUAAAUCCCUUUCGUCAUGGCUCUAAAGACACUUCUAAUAUUGAUGAUGGGGUCGACAUUACAAAGCCUAGAAGGAGAAGGUUCUCUAUAUCCUAAGUAAUACUCUUGGGUCGUUCUUGAAACACAAUUUCGUUGUGCUUAUUUGUGAGAUUGAUAUUUUUCUUUCUUUUUGUUCUUUGUUCGUUGUGUAUAAAAUUGAUUUCUCCCGUUUCUUUUAAGUUCAUGUUUUGAGGGUUGUUGACUGUGUGUUGUGAACUAUACAUUUUAUAGCAAUUAUUAAGUAUAGGUAAUAAUGAUUCUAGUAUUUUUCAGUAA